AUGUCAGCCUCACCUCCCCAUCCACCUCCCCAAGCCUCUUCCCACUCCCUCCCCCCGCACGCCGCAAACCCCCUCCUCUCCUCCUUCACAUCCUUCCUCACCAUCGCCCUCCACUCCCUCCUCUACCACCGCCAUCUCUACCCCCCGACAUCCUUCCUCGCAACCCGCGCCUACAACCUCCCCGUCCACCAAUCCCGCCACCCCGGUCUCUGCGCCUGGAUCUCCGACGCCGUCGCCGCCAUCGCCGCCCAACUCCGCGCCGGCUCCGUCCGCCGCAUCGUCCUCGCCGUGCACUCUCACUCUCACUCUCACUCUCCCCCGACGUCCGUCGUGCGCGAGAGAUGGGUCUUUGACGUGCAUCGUUUCCCCGCAUGGGGCACCGCCGCCGCCGAAACAGACGCGCCGACUUCCCACCAGGAGCAGCAACAAGAAGAUGUCGACGAAGCCGUGCCGGAAGAUGCGGAUGACGUUGCCGCCGCCGAGAAGCUCAACUGGGCUGACAUCCACGAGGCGCUGAGGGCCGCCCUGCAGAGACUCGCGUACGCGGCGCAAGGAGCGCCCAAGUUGCCGCCCGGAUGCACAUUCACGCUCGCCCUGGAGCUGAGAGACGAGGCCGAGGCUCCCAUCGGUGUAAGCAGAACCUUGAAGAGAAACGAGAAGCUGCCCAAGCAAGAAUCAGCUGACACCACGCCUCAGUAUCCCCAACCGUGGAUCCCUUCUGAAGGCCCUCUGCAACCUCCCACCGCAGAGAAACCACAUCAAGGCGAAUCCCUACGAGGAGCCGCCACGGAACCCGUUCGCUCAGUAAGAGCAGAUCCCCUAUUCUUCGAGUGCUGGCUCGAACAAGGUCCCCAGAUGCCGGGGCUGUAA